AUGGAGCUGCAACGCAUGUCCAACCAACAACUCGUGCAACUGUACGACAGCGCGUCGGCCAACAAUGAUAGCAUCACAUGCGAUGACAUCAUCAUGCAUGCCAUGGAGCACGAUCUCGCACCCAUCAUCGACCACGUACAAUCAUCUGGAUACAUCCUCACCGCGUACCACCAUGGAAUCAAGGCGAUCCGACAGGGGAAGCCCAAAAUUCGCAGCGAUUGA